AUGAGAUGAUGAUAAACUUCAUAACCCCCAGUGACAAAAAUCCACAGAAAAGAUAGAUACAUAGAGAGAGAAACAGAGAGGACAGACAAAAGCAAACUUCUUUACCCAUGGUUUGUGAAGCAGGAUCCCCAAACAAGAAAGUCUGCGUGAUCGGCGCCGGCCCGGCCGGCCUCGUCGCCGCCCGGGAGCUCCACAAAGAGGGCCACAAUGUGGUGGUUCUUGAGCAGAACCAAGACGUAGGCGGGCAAUGGCUGUACAAUCCCAACGUUGACAAAGAGCAUCCCAUGGGGCGCCGCCAAUUCCUCGAGGUCCAUAGCAGCAUGUACGCCUCCAUGAGGGUGGCUUCGCCGAGAGAGAUCAUGGGCUACACCGACUUCCCAUUUGUAGCCAAGGAGAGCGGAGACGGGAGGAGGUUUCCCGGCCACCGGGAAGUUCUUAUGUACCUGCAAGACUUUUGUGAGAGGUUCGAGUUGAGAGAGAUGAUACAGUUCAAUACCCGGGUAGAGAGUGCCACGAUGUUGGAGUAUCCCGUCCCGCCCGAGGACCUGAAAUGGAUUGUCAGAAGCAAUGUGGCCGAGGAAGUCUAUGACGCCGUGGUUGUCGCCACUGGACACUACUCACAUCCUAGAUUGCCUAAAAUUAAUGGAAUGGACUCGUGGAAGCGAAGGCAGAUGCAUAGUCAUAUUUACAGAGUCCCCGAACCUUUCAAGAAUGAGAUAGUUGUAGUUGUCGGGAGCUCUUCGAGUGGGCAGGACAUAUCGGUUGAACUAGUGAAAUCGGCGAAGGAGAUUCACCUAAGUUCGAAGCCCCCUACUGUUUCCGAAGGCCUAUCAAAAGUUAUCUCCAAAUACGACAAGCUACACCUUCAUCCACAGAUCGAGUCACUUCAUGAAGACGGAAGAGUUUUGUUCACUGAUGGAUCAUCGAUCAUUGCCGACUCUAUAAUAUACUGCACAGGGUACUCUUAUUCCUUUCCUUUUCUCGAUACCAAAGGAUUGGUGGUGAUAGAUGACGAUAGGGUUGGGCCUCUUUAUGAACAAACAUUUCCUCCUUUACUAGCUCCUUCUCUAUCCUUCGUUGGCAUCCCUAGACGAGUCAUAUCUUUCCCUUUCUUUGAAUCUCAAGCAAAAUGGAUUGCUCAGCUAUUGUCCGGGAAACGAAAGCUGCCAUCAUGGGAUGAUAUGAUGCAAUCGAUUAAGGAUUUUUAUCACAAAAGGGAUGCUGCGGGCAUCCCAAAGCACAACACACAUCUUAUUAUCGAGUGCUAUAAGUAUUCUGACAGAUAUGCAGACUAUAGUGAUUCUCCGCAUCUAGAGGAAUGGCGAAAAAAGCUUUGCACUUCAGUCGCAAAAAAUGCUGAGGCCAACUUGGAGACCUUCCGCGAUUCCUAUGAAGAAGAUAUAGAAAUGCUCCAAGUUGCUUACAAUAGCCCCCAUUUCACUCAGUUUAAAUGAAAACUCUACGUGAUAAUAUGUUUGUAAAUUCCAUCUCCAUCUAUGUUAACAUAUGUGUAAAUUGUUGUCCCAGUAUGUAUCUAUUUUAAGAAAAUCCUAAAUCAGCAGCAUCCUUUGAUGCAAAUCCCAAUACCAUACAAGACUUGAGAAUU